UUUAAUCAGUACGUUUGAAUAUUCUUCUGCUAAUUUGGAGGCGCAGGUGGUUAGUAUUUUUGGUCCUAGAUGGGAGUUUCACUGAGCGAUCUAUGAGAAGCUAAGUAUUCGAGGGCUUUGCCAGUUUGGCUUGAAUUUCACAGUGAUCAAGCUGGUUGAUUUCCAAAACUUUUGCGGGGAAAUUGUUAUGUUUGUGUAAUAUUAGUAGCAGCAGAUGUUGUUCUGUAAAUUUUCCGGGAUUUGCUAGAAGAUGGUUCUCAGCCUGAAAAUUUAUUUUCUGGGUAUAUCCCAAAAAUUUGCAUGAGAGAUCAUUGGAUGUAGUUCUGUAGAUUGUCUGGGAUUUGCUGGAAGUAGGUAGUGGUAAGCCUUGAAAUCUUUUGUAUGAGAGUGAGGUUAUGGCGGGCAAGUAUAAGAAAUUAAACUGGGUUUAGGAUUGGCUCUUCAGAAGCUUGUUUGGAGUUGCUGCGUUUGGAGCUGAAAGGGAAUUAUUAGGAGAGGCAUGGUGGAGUAAUAAUGGCUCUAAGGGCUUCACCACAGAAAGCUGCUGAGAUUGUGAUUGAGUCGAUUGGGCUAGGAUACGAUAUUGCCAUAGAUCUGCGGCUGAAGUACUGUAAGAAGGAAUCACCAGAUCCACGUUUGAUUGAGCUCGAUGAGGAGCAGGGUCGAAAUGUUGUUCUGCCUGGUGGUAUAACAAUUCCUAAUGUUUCGAAAUCAAUAAAAUGUGAUAAAGGGGAGCGGAUACGGUUCAGGUCCGACGUGCUCUCAUUUCAGCAGAUGGCAGAGCAAUUCAACCAGGAAAUUUCUUUGUCUGGUAAAAUUCCCUCUGGUCUGUUCAAUGCAAUGUUCGAGUUAUCAGGUUGUUGGCAGAAAGAUGCUGCCAAUACAAAAGCCCUUGCCUUUGAUGGAUGGUUCAUUACAAUCUACACAGUUGCAUUGACAAAAUCUCAAAUGGUACUGCGAGAUCAUGUUAAACAAGCUGUCCCACCAUCAUGGGAUCCAGCUGCAUUGGCAAAGUUCAUUGAAAGGUUUGGCACCCAUGUUAUUGUUGGUGUGAAGAUGGGAGGGAAGGAUGUAAUACAUUUGAAGCAGCAGCAUUCAUCAAAUCUCCAACCUUCCGAGGUACAAAAGAGGUUAAAGGAGAUAGCAGACAAGAGGUUUUUAGAUGCAAAUGGGCAAUAUGAUUCGGAUACAGAAUUGUGUCAGAAAGACAAGUUCGAGAUCAGGGAGCAACGAUUGAGGUUUACAGAUGCUAGCACAUCGAGUUCUUUUGCACUUAAGGAGGAUAUUUCUUACUUUUAUAAGAGGAGAGGGGGAAGUGAUAAUAAGAAUUUGCCUCACAAAGAGUGGUUACAUACAGUUCAGUCUGAGCCUGAUGUCAUCUCGAUGUCCUUCGUUCCAAUCACAUCUCUCUUGAAUGGGGUUCCUGGUAGUGGAUUCUUGAGCCAUGCCAUCAAUCUCUAUCUACGUUAUAAACCUCCGAUUGAGGAGCUGCAUCAGUUCUUGGAAUUUCAACUUCCAAGGCAAUGGGCACCGGUGUUCAGCGAUCUUCCUCUUGGUCCGCAGUGCAAGCAGCAAAGCAGUGCAUCCCUACAGUUCAGUUUUAUGGGCCCCAAGCUUUAUGUCAACACAACACCGGUAGAUGUGGGUAAGAGGCCUGUGACUGGCCUCCGACUAUAUCUGGAGGGGAAGAGAAGCAACCGCCUAGCAAUCCACUUGCAGCACCUUUCCUCUCUUCCAAAGAUCUUCCAACUCUCUGAUGACCCAAAUGGAAACUUCACCAAUAAUUUCUAUGACCCCAAGUAUUAUGAAAAGGUUCAGUGGAAGAACUUCUCUCAUGUCUGCACUGCCCCUGUUGACUCUGAUGAGGAUCUCUCCAUUGUCACCGGUGCCCAGUUCCAGGUUAAGGCUUAUGGCAUGAAGAAAAUUCUAUUCUUACGGCUACGCUUCUCAACAGUUUCAGGUGCAACAGUGGUCAAGAAACCUGAGUGGGAUGGGUCUCCUGGGCUUGCUCAUAAAUCUGGAAUCAUCUCUGCUUUGAUAAGUUCCCACUUCACAACAGCUCAGAAACCACCCCCACGUCCUGCUGAUGUGAACAUAAACUCUGCUAUAUAUCCUGGUGGCCCGCCAGUUCCUGUCCAGACACCUAAGCUACUUAAGUUUGUUGACACUACUGAAAUGGCAAGAGGACCACAGGACAAUCCUGGUUACUGGAUUGUCUCUGGUGCUAGACUAAUGGUUGAGAAAGGAAAGAUCUCUCUCCGUGUCAAGUAUUCCCUCUUGACUGUCAUGUUGCCAGAUGAUGAUACUCCAUAAUAUAUGGAUUGCAAGUUAGACUCUCUCCUGGCCCUC